CGUAUAGUUGAGAAAGGCUUCAUUUAGGAGCGCUCUUUUCAUCCAACUAGUUUUAUCGUAAUAGAAGAAAAAGAAUCAGAACGCCCAAAAACUCCCAUGUCUUUCUUGGUUGGACUAACCGGCGAUUUACAACAAGUCUUUCUUCAUUGCAAGAAGCGGAACCAAUAUACAUUUUUAAGAAAGAAUCUAAAUUUUAUGACAAAUCCGGUCCGAUGGCUGUUCUCCACUAACCACAAGGAUAUAGGGACUCUAUAUUUCAUCUUCGGUGCCAUUGCUGGAGUGAUGGGCACAUGCUUCUCAGUACUGAUUCGUAUGGAAUUAGCACGACCCGGCGAUCAAAUUCUUGGUGGGAAUCAUCAACUUUAUAAUGUUUUAAUAACGGCUCACGCUUUUUUAAUGAUAUUUUUUAUGGUUAUGCCGGCGAUGAUAGGUGGAUCUGGUAAUUGGUCUGUUCCGAUUCUGAUAGGUGCGCCUGACAUGGCAUUUCCACGAUUAAAUAAUAUUUCAUUCUGGUUGUUGCCUCCAAGUCUCUUGCUCCUAUUAAGCCCAGCCUUAGUAGAAGUGGGUAGCGGAACUGGGUGGACGGUCUAUCCGCCCUUAAGUGGUAUUACCAGCCAUUCUGGUGGAGCAGUUGAUUCAGCAAUUUCUAGUCUUCAUCUAUCUGGUGUUUCAUCCAUUUUAGGUUCUAUAAAUUUUAUAACAACUAUCUUCAACAUGCGUGGACCUGGUAUGACUAUGCAUAGAUCACCUCUAUUUGUGUGGUCCGUUCUAGUGACAGCAUUCCCACUUUUAUUAUCACUUCCGGUACUGGCAGGGGCAAUUACCAUGUUAUUAACCGAUCGAAACUUUAAUACAACCUUUUCUGAUCCCGCUGGAGGGGGAGACCCCAUAUUAUACCAGCAUCUCUUUCGGUUCUUCGGUUUUCAAUGGCCCUUUUCAGAUUCAAAUCUGAAUACGCAUUGCGCUAUAUGCUGGGACUGUCUGCUUUAUAAAAAGCAGAUAUCAAUGAACUUCUAUGAAAUGCGGAAAGACGGAUAUUCCUUGCUUAUUAUCAGACAAUACAAACCUCGAAUCGUUUUCAUUACCCAUCUCCUAACCUACCCUUUUCGCUCCGCUUACCCCUCCUCCCCUUCUAGGGGUAUUUUAGUGAUAGGUUCUAUAAAAACUGGACGAUCCUAUUUGGUCAAAUACCUAGCAACAAACUCCUAUGUUCCUUUCGUUACAGUAUUUCGGAACCGGGACCUGGUUAAGGUUUCUGAUGAUGAUAGUGAUGAUGAUUUUGAUUCUGAUAGUGAUUCUGAUAAUGAUUUUUAUAGUGGUGGCAAUAUUGACGAAGAAGACGAUGUUUAUCUUGAUAUGAUUGACGAUAUUGAUGAUAGUAAGGAAAUUGAAGAGAUUUGUGGUAUUGACGUUACUGAUGUGGUUUACGAGAUCGCUAUCGCCCGUGCCCUUGAGGCGGAGCAGGAGUUUGAAAAGGUGAUAAAUGAGGCUGUGGAUCUGCUAGAACCGGAACACAGAGACCCUUUUUUUAUCAACCUUCAAUUCGAAUUAGUGGCACAAAUGUUUGGAAUAGAUUCCACCAUUUUGAAAAAGCACUCUUUAGUUGAAAGAAAAUAG